AUGGCUACCAAUUCAGUGACGACUACGGCCCCCAUUGACUUGGACCAGGCCCGAGAAUGGUGUCAAGAACUACUAAGACUUGAGGAUGAAGAUAUCACAAGCUAUUUGAACCAGUACCCGCUCCAUACGCGUACCAGUAUCCUCGAGUUGAUUGAACCUCGCCAAGUGAUUACGAUUGACCCUGACAAACUGUUCCCCAUAACGCUAGCAUUCGGCAGUGUAUACCCAGAAGCACUAGCAUUAAUUGUGGAUGAAGACGUGUCUGUUUCCCUUGUGAAAAACCAGCUUUAUACGGUAUCAAUAGCCUAUUCUACGGCCAAAGCUAAUGUCGAUGUGGACGCGUUUCUUGCUCUCCACUAUGGAAUCACCAUAACUGAUGGCUUUGCCACUAAAGGUGACACUGAGUUGAAACCACUCCCACGAGUUUUGAACCGUUACUACGUCGAUUUGGCCCAGUGGUACUGUCUGUGUCCUCACUGGCACCAACAAAUAAAGACAAGCGAUAAUCCGUACCCAGUCAGUACACCCUGGGGACAAACUAAAAUAUUCAAGUCGAUGCCAACGUGCCGUCACUUGGUGGCAGUGUUUAUCGUCAGCAACAACUCCUCAGUGUACCAUGAAUCAAGAGAAGCCCAUACUACUUGA